AUGUCUUCACACAACACAGAACGAGAGAUACAGUUCAAGGUAGGACGAGUCCUCAGAGGCACGCCAUUUGCCGCAUCAACUCUACGCAAACUCACAGGCGGUACUGCCAACUUUGUGUAUCAUGGUACUCUUGAGAAGCCCUCAACAGAAGAAAAGUAUCGAAACGGGUUCGUGAUCAAACAGGGCGAAGGCUAUGUUGCACUACACCCUUCGUUCAAAAUUGCAGCUUCUCGCUGUGCCGUUGAGUACGAAUCUCUGGUUCACCUCACCACAUUGCCUCCAGUGAAGACAUCAUUCUGCAAGAUAUCAACUCCGGAGCCAUAUUACUUCAACCGUGACACCAACACUCAAGUUCAAGAAUAUCUCCCAGACGCUCUCAGUCUUAAGGAAUACGCCCUCAGACACUACGCUGCUCCCACGUCCCCAUCUCUCAAGCCACAAUGUGACGAACUCGGCCACGGAUUGGGAGCUUGGCUUCGUGCGUUCCACAGCUGGAGCCAAGAACCUAAGCAGGCUGCGCUACGGGAGACGCUUGCGGGGAACAGAGAGAUGCAGGGUCUCAAAAACAUGGUCAACUAUCAGCAGUUGCUGCAGAGGGCCGAUCAGCAUCCGGAGAUUCUUGGCGAUGCAAGGGAUGUCUUGCAGGGUGUCAGUGACUUGGCGGCUAGAGAGCUUCUAGAUGAAUCAGCUCUUUACCCUAUUCACGGUGAUUUCUGGACUGAAAAUAUCAUAUUGCCUAACACUCCUAUGAGCAAGAGCACUCAAAACCCCGUGAGUGUUAUAGACUGGGAAAUGGUUCAGCUUGGUGUUCGGCCACUUGAUCUCGGUCAAGUCAUCGCCGAGCUUUGGCAGCUGAAGCUGUACAAGGACAUCGAUGCCAGCGAGUGGCUUAUCCGAGCUUUCGCUGCCGGCUACGGUGCAAUGGACGACAACUUCGCCUACCGGGUAAUCAUUCAUGUUGCUGUACAUCUAAUCUGCUUUGGAUCCCAGACACCGGGAUGGGGUGAUGCUAAGCAGCAGAAAGACAUCGUCAGGGUAGGCAAAGAAGUAAUGGUUAAAGCAUGGGGAAGGGACCGAGGUUACUUUGAAGAGCAUGUUCUUGGUAGUUUGUUUAUAUCUUAG